CUCCGGAUGACUGCCCGAGAGCAGAGAUGAGAAGUCUGUCCGUAUCAGGACUGGAUUCUUUGCAGAUCUGGAACGCGGUUGUUACUUGGGCAAAACUUGGCAAGUUCGUCGGCGAUCCUUCCAAACUCUCUCGAGAACAUACGCAAACGGCGUCCCUCCCGAGCAGAAGCAGUGCGCGUGCGUCACCGAGUUCUUGGAAACAAUGGGCUGGAGAGAGAUCUGGGAACGACGAGAUUCAAAUCUGGAAUGGAAGAAAGGGAAAGGCGCAAAAAAAGGCUCUGCCU